ACCUUUUGCUUUCCUUUGCCCAAUGGAGAGCCACGCUGCUCUAGUUAUUAUGCCACAGGAGCCGAGUUAGGCCAAACCCGGCGGCUGCCGCCUGCUCUGUGGGUAUCGCCCAGGCGGCGGUUGCUGCCUUGGCCUUUGUCCCCCUUAGGCUCAGCCUUCCUCCGCCUCCUUUCCUCUCCCCCGCUGUUUGCUCACAGGCCGGCGGAUCGUACGGCAGCUUCGAGCGCCUCACUGCGUGCCGCCUCCACUGCCUUGCUUUCUAUCCCGGGGUUCCUACAGCAGCACCGCUUCCCCCUUCCCGGGGGUUUCACUUCUGCCGGGGGAGGAGGGGGACUUAAUAUCGCCGCGGCCGGACUCGUCUCCUGCCCCCCCCCUCCCGACACUCCCCCAACACCAUAGGCGGCUCAGGCACCAAGAUGUCCAACCGAGCGCUCUGCCGGGAGGCCAGCCAUGCCGGCAGCUGGUACACGGCCUCAGGACCUCAGCUGAGUGCACAACUAGAAGGUUGGCUCUCUCAAGUACAGUCUACAAAAAGACCCGCUAGAGCCAUAAUUGCACCACAUGCAGGAUAUACUUACUGUGGGUCUUGUGCAGCUCAUGCAUACAAACAAGUGGAUCCUUCAAUUACACGGCGAAUCUUCAUCCUUGGGCCUUCCCAUCAUGUGCCCCUCUCCAGAUGUGCACUUUCCAGUGUGGAUAUAUAUAGAACUCCCCUAUAUGAUUUGCGAAUUGAUCAAAAGGUUUAUGCAGAUCUGUGGAAGACUGGAAUGUUUGAGCGCAUGUCUUUGCAAACAGAUGAAGAUGAACACAGUAUUGAAAUGCACUUGCCUUACACUGCUAAAGCCAUGGAAAGCCAUAAGGAUGAGUUUACUAUUGUUCCUGUAUUGGUUGGAGCACUGAGUGAGACAAAAGAACAGGAAUUUGGAAAACUAUUCAGCAAAUAUUUAGCAGAUCCUUGUAAUCUUUUUGUGGUUUCCUCUGACUUCUGUCAUUGGGGUCAGAGGUUCAGAUACAGUUACUAUGAUGAGUCUCAAGGAGAGAUUUAUAGAUCAAUUGAACACUUAGAUAAAAUGGGUAUGAACAUUAUAGAACAGCUUGACCCUGUGUCCUUUAGCAAUUACUUGAAGAAAUACCAUAAUACAAUAUGUGGAAGACAUCCUAUUGGUGUUUUAUUAAACGCUAUCACAGAGCUCCAGAAGAAUGGAAUGAACAUGAGCUUUUCAUUUUUGAAUUAUGCUCAGUCAAGUCAAUGUCGAAACUGGCAAGAUAGCUCAGUGAGUUAUGCAGCAGGAGCAUUAAUGGUCCACUGAACCUCUGACUACUCAGGGAUGACACCUGCACACUCAAUGGGGUCCCAGCCUUGCCCUUGCAAAGAUGCAGUUCCUGAUCUUUGGGUAUACUGAAACCUCAAACUAAUAGAACUCUUCUUUUUUUCUAGUAGGUGUAGUCCUUCCUUAGUUACAACUCAUUUUAAAAAUGCUUUCUUGUUUAGGACAAGGGAGGAAGGCUGGUGUCAAAAUGUUGUGACUUCUAAAAACCAGUGGCUAUAAAGGUAUGGUGACAGACGGUCCUUGCAAAAUACAACAUGUAAAGCAUUUACCACAUCCCAGAUUUGCACUCUGCAGACCUGUGCACAUACUCUGCUUUCAGAAUAGUUUUGCAAGUUUAAACAGAAAAGGAUGGAAGCUUUUUAAUAAAAAAAAUGCAUUUAUAAAAGAUCCUGUAUUAGAAUAUAAUAAAACUCCAGUAUAGUCAAUUACUACCCGUGUUGUACAACAAAUAUCUUCUAUUUUAGUUGCUAAUAAAGGGCUGCACAACCAAAA